AUGCUUGCGAUGGAAAGACCUGAACUGGCUGCCGACUCGAAGUACCGUGCGUACGUGAGCUCCGUCGAAAAAACCCUAAAGCUGUUCGAGGAUCCAAAUGAAUGGGCCGAUUUAAUAGCAGCCUUAGGAAAGCUGUGCAAGGUGUUGCAUACAUUUUCAAAAUUCAAAACGGUUCCGAGAUGUAUCAUAGUGUCGAAACGGCUGUCACAGUGUCUUCACCCCUCGUUGCCAUCUGGCGUUCACCUGAAAGCUCUGGAAUGCUACCGAAAGAUCUUUGACAUUUUAGGUGUUGAUGGACUGGCUUGUCAGCUAAAUCUGUUUUCUGCGGGCUUGUAUCCGCUAAUGUUGAACGCUUCGAUUACCGUCAAAAAGGCUUUGUUUGAUAUAUACGAAAAGUACUUCAUCGCUUUGGGUGCUCAGCUGAAGCCCGGGUUAUCCGGCUUUCUCUGCGGUGUGCUGCCUGCUGCGGAAGAAGGAUCAGAAUUUUUUGAGAGGUCUCUUAACAUGCUGAGCCAGGUAUGCGACGCAGUUGGUGCUGAAGAGUUCUACUCCGCUUUGUGGAACUGUGUCAUCUUUUCGUCACAAACUCGCCUUCCGGCUCUUACCUACGUUCUGGCCAAGUUCGAUCGCCGCCUAACAUUCACUGACCAAAAGUUUAUCAUGGGACACAACUUAGAGGAAAUGGUCGAAGCGCUGUGCUGCGCGGCCAAGGAUGGUUCCCCUUUGGUACAACGUCACCUGUUGGACUUUCUUUCUGCAGCCAUGCCGUUGGACUCAACCUUUUGUGAUGAAAGGCAUCUUCGUCGCAUCUUGGGCUUUUCCAUAUUCAUUCUUCUGAAGCGGGACGUUUCUUUGAACCGACGACUUUACACUUGGGUUCUAGGGAAGCAGAAAGUUGAGCCGAACUGCGACCUCGCGUUUUUUCGUGACGUUACGUUUAGCAUGCUUACAGAAGCUCUGAAGGAAAUGCUCAACUCUGCUUCUCUCAUUUCUGAAUGUGUUAAGAUCCUGCGGCUGUUGACGUUCUUGCAAGACAAGCCGGCAGUUGGUCGGCCUGUUUUAGAGCGGUUGUUGUUUCCCUCUUUACGAGUGAUCAUGGCAAUGAACGACGCCGAUGAUCGCUUAUGCUCGUCGCAGGGUAGCGCGGCCACCGGCGAACUUCUUAAAUCACUUAGCAUCCUUCUCGAUACGCUCGAGCCUGGGUUUUUAUGGACAUACUUGCAGCAGCGUCUGAGCGGCGUUGGACACCAAUUUUCCACUACCAGCACGUUGCCAGAUCCGGAUUGCGAGUUGCAGAUCGUCGAACUGUGUAACAUGCAACUGUUUUUUCUACGAGAUUGCACAUUGAUGCCAUGCACAAGUGUCAGCUUACAGCGCUUCGCGAACCUCAUUAGUUCGUAUUUGUCUCUGAUCGUCGAACGAGCAGAGGCGAUGAUCCUGGUGCCGCAGGCUUUCGAAUCAUUGGUUGAGGUAGUGAUUGCUGUUUGUCGCUAUGUGAACGAGUCGAAAAUCAGUCCUGACUGCAUGUCGAAUGAAGCCGAUCAACGAUCACUGCUGGGAUCUACUUCAGAAUCCAAACGUAUCGUAUUUCCAGCGAUGCAGGCGUCCGGCCGCACCAUAUUUGUCAGUUUACUGAAAGUUGGCUUGCGCACGUUCGGCAUUUGCUUUAGGAUCUCGAGAUGGUCUUGA